UUAGGAGUUGAGGCCACAAACAAACCUGCGUUGUCUGAAAGCCGGAAGACUUUCUUGUGUUUUCUCCAAAUCUUUAAAGUUCCGUGGAACGCCUUUCGAUUUCGGGAAUGAAUAACUGAAUUCGAAUUAAGUAAACGGAACUUAAACACUAAUCGGGAUGGCUGGGCUACCCCCGUACCUGCUGGGGCCCAACCCGUGGGCAAUGAUGGCCCAGCAGCAAGUGCAGAUGGCUGCGGCGGCACAGGCGGCUCAUGCUCAAGCAGCUCAGCAGGCCCAGAUUCAGGCCCAAGCGGCCCAUGCAGCCGCCCAGGCCCAAAUGCAGGCUCAAGCCACAGGCCAAAUUCAGCCCCCAAAAACGGAUUUCAUCUCUGAGGAAAAGCUUCAGGAAAAAGCUCAAAAGUGGCAGCAGCUUCAGUCGAAAAGAUUUGCCGAGAAAAGGAAGUUUGGUUUUGUGGAUGCUCAGAAAGAGGACAUGCCUCCGGAGCACCUGCGAAAAAUCAUUCGCGACCAUGGCGACAUGAGCAGUCGCAAGUACAGACAUGACAAACGAGUCUAUCUGGGAGCCCUCAAGUACAUGCCGCACGCUGUGAUGAAGCUCUUGGAGAACAUGCCGAUGCCGUGGGAGCAGAUCAGAGACGUUAAAUCGCUCUAUCACAUUACUGGCGCCAUCACUUUCGUCAAUGAAAUCCCCUGGAAUAUCGAGCCAGUCUACAUUGCACAAUGGGGAACUAUGUGGAUCAUGAUGAGGAGAGAAAAAAGAGACAGGCGUCAUUUCAAGCGAAUGAGGUUCCCUCCAUUUGACGAUGAAGAACCUCCACUGGAUUAUGCUGACAACGUCCUUGACGUUGAACCCCUCGAGGCCAUCCAGAUCGAAAUGGACUCUGAGGAUGACGGUGCCGUGGCAGAGUGGUUCUAUGACCACAAAGCUCUUGUUGGAACAAAGUUUGUGAACGGCUCAACUUAUCGCAAGUGGAAUUUGUCGUUGCCUCAAAUGGCAUGUCUCUACCGACUCGCAAACCAGCUCUUGACAGACCUGGUGGAUAACAACUACUUCUACCUGUUUGACUUGAAGUCAUUCUUUACAGCCAAGGCGCUCAACAUGGCCAUCCCUGGAGGACCUAAAUUUGAGCCUCUCAUCAAGGACGCAAGUACACAGGAUGAGGACUGGAAUGAGUUCAAUGACAUUAACAAAAUCAUCAUCCGUCAGCCAGUUCGAACGGAGUACAGGAUUGCUUUCCCUUUCUUGUACAACAACAUGCCCCACUUUGUACACUUGCCUUGGUACCACACCCCUAAUGUGGUCUACAUCAAAACCGAGGAUCCUGAUUUGCCAGCCUUCUACUUUGAUCCACUCAUCAAUCCGAUCUCUCACAGAAAUGCUGUUAAGGUUGUGGAGCCAAUUCCAGAAGACGAUGAGGAGUUUGAGCUCCCAGAGUACAUCCAGCCUUUCCUGCAAGACACUCCUCUCUUCACAGAUAACACUGCCAAUGGAAUUUCCCUUCUUUGGGCACCUCGGCCAUUCAACAUGAGGUCAGGUCGCACUAGAAGAGCCAUCGACAUCCCAAUUGUGAAAACCUGGUACAGAGAGCACUGCCCUCCUGGCCAACCAGUAAAGGUCCGAGUCAGCUACCAGAAAUUAUUGAAGUACUACGUGUUGAACGCUCUCAAGCACAGACCACCCAAGCCACAAAAGAAAAGAUACUUGUUCCGCUCGUUCAAGUCCACUAAGUUCUUCCAGACAACAACUUUGGACUGGGUUGAGGCUGGUUUGCAGGUUUGCAAGCAAGGUUACAACAUGCUCAACCUGCUCAUCCAUCGCAAAAAUCUUAACUACCUUCACUUGGAUUACAACUUCAACUUGAAACCUGUUAAGACUUUGACCACCAAGGAACGAAAGAAGUCUCGUUUCGGAAAUGCAUUCCAUUUGUGUCGAGAAAUUCUGCGACUGACCAAGCUGAUUGUGGACUCGCAUGUCCAGUACCGUUUGAACAACGUUGACGCCUUCCAGCUGGCCGAUGGCCUGCAGUACAUCUUUUCUCAUGUUGGCCAACUGACAGGCAUGUACCGGUACAAGUACAAACUGAUGAGGCAGAUCCGCAUGUGCAAGGACUUGAAGCAUCUCAUCUACUACAGAUUCAACACUGGUCCUGUGGGCAAAGGCCCUGGCUGCGGCAUUUGGGCACCUGGUUGGCGAGUGUGGCUCUUCUUCAUGAGAGGAAUCACUCCGCUACUGGAACGGUGGUUAGGCAACUUGUUGUCCAGGCAGUUCGAAGGUCGUCACUCUAAGGGUGUUGCCAAGACUGUCACCAAGCAGAGAGUGGAGAGUCACUUUGACCUGGAGUUGAGAGCAUCUGUCAUGCACGAUAUUGUCGACAUGAUGCCAGAAGGAAUCAAGCAGAACAAGGCUCGUACCAUCCUGCAGCAUCUCUCUGAAGCGUGGCGUUGCUGGAAGGCUAACAUUCCCUGGAAGGUUCCUGGCCUUCCCACCCCAAUUGAAAACAUGAUCCUCCGGUAUGUCAAGAUGAAGGCUGACUGGUGGACAAACACAGCCCACUACAACCGCGAGAGAAUCCGGCGAGGCGCCACAGUAGACAAAACCGUCUGCAAGAAGAACCUUGGCAGGUUGACGCGUCUGUACUUGAAGGCUGAGCAGGAAAGGCAGCACAACUACCUGAAGGACGGCCCGUACAUCUCGCCCGAAGAGGCCGUGGCCAUUUACACAACCACUGUGCACUGGCUUGAGUCUAGGCGAUUUGCUCCCAUUCCCUUCCCUCCUCUCUCCUAUAAGCACGACACCAAGCUGCUGAUCUUGGCAUUGGAAAGACUCAAGGAAGCCUACAGUGUCAAGUCUAGGCUCAAUCAGAGUCAGCGUGAGGAACUAGGGUUGAUUGAGCAAGCCUAUGACAAUCCCCACGAGGCCCUGUCCAGAAUCAAGCGUCACUUGCUGACGCAGCGAGCCUUCAAAGAGACUGGCAUUGAGUUCAUGGACCUCUACAGCCACCUUAUUCCAGUCUACGAUGUUGAGCCGUUGGAAAAAAUCACCGACGCUUACUUGGAUCAGUACCUCUGGUACGAAGCAGACAAAAGGCGUCUCUUCCCUCCGUGGAUCAAACCUUCAGACACAGAACCACCGCCACUGUUGGUCUACAAAUGGUGUCAGGGAGUGAACAACCUUCAGGAUGUGUGGGACGUCAACGAAGGCGAGUGCAACGUCCUGCUGGAGUCUAAGUUUGAAAAGAUGUACGAGAAGAUUGAUUUGACCCUGCUCAACCGACUGCUGCGUCUCAUCGUUGAUCACAACAUUGCCGAUUACAUGACUGCCAAGAACAACGUGGUCAUAAACUACAAGGACAUGAACCACACCAACAGCUACGGCAUCAUCAGAGGCCUGCAGUUUGCCUCUUUCGUUGUCCAGUACUACGGACUGGUGUUGGAUCUGCUGGUUUUGGGUCUGCAGAGGGCAUCAGAGAUGGCUGGACCGCCGCAAAUGCCCAAUGACUUCCUCACCUUCCAGGACGUGGUUUCGGAAUGUGCUCAUCCGAUUAGGUUGUACUGCAGAUAUGUCGACAGAAUCCACAUUUUCCUCAGGUUUUCAGCAGAGGAGGCGAGAGAUUUGAUUCAGAGGUACCUCACUGAGCAUCCUGAUCCAAACAAUGAGAACAUCGUUGGCUACAACAACAAGAAGUGUUGGCCUAGAGAUGCAAGGAUGAGGCUAAUGAAGCACGACGUCAACCUGGGUCGUGCUGUAUUCUGGGAUAUCAAAAACAGACUUCCUAGAUCAACUACCACUGUGCAGUGGGAGAACAGCUUUGUCAGUGUCUACUCGAAGGACAAUCCCAAUCUUCUCUUCAACAUGGGUGGAUUUGAGUGUCGUAUUCUGCCAAAAUGCCGCACAACUCACGAGGAGUUCACACACAGGGAUGGCGUGUGGAAUUUGCAGAACGAAGUGACCAAAGAGCGAACUGCUCAAUGUUUCUUGCGCGUUGACGACGAGAGUCUCCAGCGAUUCCACAACAGAGUUAGGCAAAUCUUGAUGGCCUCUGGUUCAACCACGUUCACCAAAAUUGUCAACAAGUGGAACACCGCCUUGAUCGGGCUGAUGACCUACUUCCGAGAAGCCGUUGUCAACACCCAGGAGCUGCUGGACCUGCUGGUCAAGUGCGAGAACAAAAUCCAGACCCGUAUCAAGAUUGGUCUCAACUCAAAAAUGCCUUCCCGUUUCCCUCCUGUGGUGUUCUACACCCCUAAGGAGUUGGGAGGUCUGGGCAUGUUGUCCAUGGGCCACGUGCUCAUCCCGCAGUCUGACCUUCGUUGGUCCAAGCAGACCGACGUCGGCAUCACUCACUUCAGGUCUGGUAUGAGUCACGACGAGGACCAGCUGAUCCCCAACUUGUACCGCUACAUCCAACCCUGGGAGUCUGAAUUCAUCGAUUCCCAGCGAGUGUGGGCCGAGUAUGCCCUGAAGAGGCAAGAGGCCAAUGCCCAGAAUAGGCGGUUGACUCUGGAGGAUUUGGAAGACAGCUGGGACAGGGGCAUUCCCAGAAUCAACACCCUUUUCCAGAAGGACAGACACACCCUUGCCUACGACAAAGGUUGGAGAAUCAGGACCGAGUUCAAGCAGUACCAGGUCUUGAAGCAGAAUCCCUUCUGGUGGACGCAUCAGCGCCACGACGGAAAGUUGUGGAACCUGAACAACUACCGCACAGACAUGAUCCAGGCCCUGGGAGGUGUCGAGGGCAUCCUUGAGCACACCUUAUUCAAGGGUACCUACUUCCCUACCUGGGAGGGUCUUUUCUGGGAAAAGGCGUCCGGUUUUGAAGAGUCCAUGAAGUACAAGAAGCUGACCAACGCCCAGCGUUCUGGUUUGAACCAGAUUCCGAACCGUCGCUUCACUCUUUGGUGGUCUCCUACCAUCAACAGGGCCAACGUUUACGUCGGUUUCCAGGUGCAGCUUGACUUGACGGGAAUUUUCAUGCACGGCAAAAUCCCAACCCUCAAGAUCUCUCUUAUCCAGAUCUUCAGAGCUCACUUGUGGCAGAAAAUCCACGAGUCGGUUGUCAUGGACUUGUGUCAGGUGUUCGAUCAAGAGUUGGAUGCUCUGGAAAUCGAGACAGUCCAGAAAGAAACGAUUCAUCCUCGUAAGUCCUACAAGAUGAACUCGUCUUGUGCCGACAUUCUGCUUUUUGCUGCCUACAAGUGGAAUGUGUCCAGGCCCUCAUUGUUGGCUGACUCAAAGGACACAAUGGACAACACGACCACCCAGAAAUACUGGAUUGAUGUGCAACUGCGUUGGGGCGAUUACGAUUCGCACGACAUUGAGCGUUACGCGCGUGCCAAGUUCCUCGACUACACCACUGACAACAUGUCCAUCUACCCGUCGCCCACUGGCGUCCUGAUUGCCAUUGACUUGGCGUACAAUCUGCACAGUGCGUACGGCAGUUGGUUCCCAGGAUGCAAGCCGCUCAUCCAGCAGGCCAUGGCCAAAAUCAUGAAGGCCAACCCCGCCCUGUAUGUGUUGCGAGAGCGCAUCCGAAAGGCCCUCCAGCUCUACUCGUCCGAGCCGACUGAGCCUUAUUUGUCUUCGCAAAACUACGGAGAACUCUUCUCGAACCAAAUCAUCUGGUUUGUGGACGACACCAAUGUGUACCGCGUCACAAUCCACAAGACCUUCGAGGGUAACCUGACCACCAAGCCCAUCAACGGCGCCAUCUUCAUUUUCAACCCCCGCACUGGCCAGCUCUUCCUCAAGAUCAUCCACACGUCUGUGUGGGCCGGACAGAAGCGUCUUGGCCAGCUGGCCAAGUGGAAGACUGCCGAGGAAGUGGCGGCCCUGAUUCGCUCACUGCCUGUUGAAGAACAGCCCAAGCAGAUCAUCGUCACACGCAAGGGCAUGUUGGACCCUCUCGAAGUGCAUUUGCUUGAUUUCCCCAACAUCGUCAUCAAGGGCUCUGAGCUGCAACUGCCCUUCCAAGCGUGUCUGAAGGUUGAAAAGUUUGGAGACCUCAUUCUGAAGGCCACGGAGCCUCAGAUGGUUCUCUUCAACCUGUACGAUGACUGGCUGAAGACUAUUUCCUCGUACACGGCGUUCUCGAGACUGAUCCUCAUCCUUCGUGCUCUUCAUGUCAACACUGAGAGAACCAAAGUCGUCCUCAAGCCUGACAAGACCACCAUCACUGAGCCUCACCACAUUUGGCCCACUUUGACUGAUGACGAAUGGAUCAAGGUGGAGGUUCAGUUGAAGGAUCUCAUUCUGGCUGACUAUGGCAAGAAGAACAAUGUCAAUGUGGCAUCUCUGACACAGUCUGAAAUCCGAGACAUCAUUCUUGGUAUGGAGAUCAGCGCUCCUUCCGCCCAGAGACAGCAGAUUGCCGAAAUCGAGAAGCAGACCAAGGAGCAGUCACAGUUGACUGCCACCACAACCAGAACUGUGAACAAGCACGGCGACGAGAUCGUGACGACCACCACAUCCAAUUACGAAACGCAGACCUUCAGCUCCAAGACGGAGUGGCGAGUCAGGGCUAUUUCGGCCACCAACCUGCACUUGCGAACAAACCACAUCUACGUGUCCUCCGAUGACAUCAAGGAAACCGGUUACACUUACAUUCUGCCCAAGAAUGUGCUCAAGAAGUUUGUCACCAUCUCCGAUUUGAGAGCUCAGAUUGCUGGUUACUUGUAUGGUAUCAGUCCACCUGACAACCCCCAGGUAAAGGAAAUCCGGUGCAUUGUGAUGCCUCCGCAAUGGGGCACCCAUCAGACCAUCCACUUGCCACACCAGCUGCCUGGCCACCAAUACCUGAAGGAGAUGGAGCCCCUCGGCUGGAUGCACACGCAGCCCAACGAGUUGCCGCAGCUGUCCCCACAGGACAUCACAACGCACGCCAAGGUCAUGUCUGAGAACUCGAACUGGGACGGCGAGAAGACGGUCAUCAUCACUUGCAGCUUCACCCCUGGCUCGUGUUCGCUCACGGCUUACAAACUGACGCCCAGUGGAUACGAGUGGGGUCGGCAAAACACCGACAAGGGCAACAACCCCAAGGGCUACCUGCCCAGCCACUACGAGAAGGUGCAAAUGCUGCUCUCAGACAGAUUCCUGGGCUUCUUCAUGGUGCCGACGCAAGGUUCGUGGAAUUACAACUUCAUGGGUGUGCGCCACGACCCCAACAUGAAGUACGAGCUGCAGUUGUCCAACCCCAAAGAGUUCUACCACGAGGUGCACAGGCCAGCGCACUUCCUCAACUUCUCCUCUCUGGAGGAGGGUGACGGCGUCGGCGCCGACCGAGAAGACGUGUACGCGUAAAAAUGUGAAUUUUAGCAAGUCCGUUUUGAUUUUCUAAUUCAAUUUGUGUAUAUAUUUUUAACUUUAAAUCAUGAUGAGUAAUUAAUAAAAACAUUUCCUGACAA